AUGAAGUUUGUCAUUGUAGUUCUGUUGGCUGUCGUGGUGGCAGCAGAGCAGAAGCGCGAGGCGGAUCCCCAUUAUGGCUACGGUAGUCCUUACUAUCUCCAUCACGGACAUCAUCAUGUGGGAAUAGCUCAUCACCCGGGCCACGCGACCUCAUAUGUGCACUCCCAUAUUGGCAAGAGGGAGGCUGAGGCCGAUCCUCACGGUGGAUACGGCUCUCGUUACCUCUACCACGGACUUCAUUAUCCCGUUGGAAUAGCCUAUCAUCCUGGCCACGCGACCUCGUACGUGCACUCUCACGUCGGCAAGAGGGAGGCUGAGGCCGAGCCAAAUCCUCACGUUGGAUACGCCCUUCCCUACGGCUACCUUGGUUAUGGUGGAUAUGGUUACCCCCUUUCCUACGGUUACCGUGGAUAUUAUCCUUAUCGACAUGGCCUUCUUGCUUGA